UUCGGUGUUCCUUCCUGUAGCUGAUCGAGAAUUCAUAGAAUCAAGGAGGAGAGCUCUGAAGCGCUUUAUAAACCUGGUGGCUCGGCAUCCCCCCUUCUCAGAAGAUGUGCUCCUGAAGCUCUUUCUGUCAUUCAGUGGCUCAGACGUACAGAAUAAACUAAGAGAGUUGGUGCAGGGAAUGGGAGAUGAGUUUCUGACCUGCAGAUUGGCCACCCAGGCCAAGGACUUCCUCCCAGCUGACAUACAGGCCCAGUUUGCUGCCAGCAGGGAGCUCAUCCGGAAUAUUUAUAACAGCUUCUACAAGCUCCGGGACCGUGCAGAGAGGAUAGCAUCUCGAGCCAUUGAUAAUGCCUCAGAUCUCCUCAUAUUUGGGAAGGAACUAAGUGCUUUGGGCUCAGACACUACACCUCUUCCUUCCUGGGCUGCUUUGAAUAAUAACACGUGGGGGACUUUGAAACAGGCCUUGAAGGGUCUGUCUGUUGAAUUUGCACUUCUGGCAGAUAAGGCUGUGCAGCAGGGUAAACAGGAAGAGAAUGAUGUGGUGGAGAAGCUGAACCUUUUCCUGGAUUUACUCCAGUCCUAUAAAGACCUGUGUGAAAGACAUGAGAAGGGGGUACUGCACAAGCACCAGCGAGCAUUGCAUAAGUACAGCAUGAUGAAGAAGCAGAUGAUGAGUGCCACUGUGCAGAACAAAGAACCAGAAUCAGUGGAGCAACUGGAAUCUCGAAUUGUGGAGCAAGAAAAUGCCAUCCUAACUAUGGAGCUUCGGAAUUACUUCUCUUUGUAUUGCCUGCAUCAGGAGACACAGCUCAUCCAUAUCUAUCUGCCUCUCACAUCUCACAUCUUGGGGGCCUUUGUCAAUUCCCAGAUCCAGGGUCACAAAGAGAUGAGUAAAGUUUGGAAUGAACUGAAGCCGAAGUUGAGCUGCCUCUUCGUGGGAUCUAGCAAUAUGCCAACUCCACCAUUGUCACCUCCGGAUGGAAACUUCUUUUCCAAUUAAUACUCCGAGCACCUACCGUGAGCAAGAAGUGCAAUCAAGGGAGGGGUCGGACCUCUACCUCCAGAUGUUAGAAUGAAUCCUCCAAACAGCUUUUUUUUUUUUCUUUUUUAAAUACUGCUGCUUUGAGCUGCUCUCUGAUUUAGACAGACUGGAUGUGGGGCAGAACAUACAGAUAAAAAGACACUCUUAAUUUUGGAAUGCUCUAGGGCAGAGCUGACUUUUCGUUAUCUUGCAGACAGUUUUUGUGUGGUCAGGAUGUGGCAUGGUGCAGUAGGUGCUGCAGUGUUACUGCUGAUGCCUCUGCAUUUUGUACUAACUGUCCUCCAAAAAGGCUUAUCUGCACAUAUGCUGAGAAGCUUCUGAAGUGCUGAGAUGAACAGGAUAUCUGAAGCACUUGCUCAUAGAGGAGAUAUGGAUUUCCUUUUAAGUUUGGGAGGGGCCUGUGUUACAGGCAUAUGGAGAAGAGGAAAGCUGAAAGCCAUCCCAUGGGUAGUUGGCUGGAUUUGAAUUCUUAUUGCUAAACCUUAAAGCAAAAUAUAUGAACAAAGUGUCUGGGUUCACUAACCUGGUUGGCUGCAGGACAGUGCUGCUGUAGCACAGCUGUUUUCCCAUGGAGGCUCAGCACAGUGUGUGUCAGUAUUGAUUCAGUUCGUGAUGGCAGGGCAGCCUGGGGACUUGCUCAUCUGAUGCAGUCCUGGGCCAAAGAUGACUGGGUUGGGGAACCUGGAGGAGUUUGCCUGGCAUAAGUGGGAAUGUAAUUGAAUGAGACAUUCCUUAACUAUAAACUACUUGUGUUAUAAAGCUGGACAGCUACAGCAGAGCAUGUUUAAUUUCUCCUGGAGGUUCUGACAUCCAUCUGCUGAGUCGCUGUUUGGACUGUGGGAGAGCUGUGACCCCAUGGCUGGUGUCUCCUCUGGUCCAGAAAUGAAGGGUCCUGUCACGCUGCUAGGCUGGGACACAGUGCUGAUAAAAUGGAUUAGCAGAAAUCAGUAUUUAUCGGGUAUUAA